AUGGAAACAUGUGGUUUGAUGAGGUUACAGAGACCCUUUAUUUUAGUUAAACCAGAAAUCAGCACAAUAGAAGCCGAAGCAGUUGAAGCUGACAGAGGAUUAGCUGGAUCAGUCACUUGUAAAUUUGUUGGAUUCCCUGAUGAACAAACUGUACAGUGGAAGCAAGAAGGAAAGCUGUUAGAUACAACUAUGUCCAGAUUGUCAGCUGUGGUGCGGAAAGGUCCUACACAAGGUGUAAUGACAGCAGUCUUGAAGAUCAGUAAUGUUAGAAAGAAAGAUUAUGCUAAUUAUACCUGUGUAGGAAGUAAUCAAUAUGGUAGUGCAUCUGCUUCUACUGAAUUUAAAG